UGCCCGCCGCCGCCACUCUGUCCAAUCUUCCUCCUUGGGAUCCCUCCCGAUCCUCUCUCCUAACCAACUGGCACCCGAGGCCUCCCCUCGAUCCACCCGGCCAACCAGAGGAGCUCCUCCUCUCCCGCUCCUCCCGCAGCCAGCUCCUGUCCCGAGCGCCUCCUCUGCUCCGAGCGCCUUGGCCAUCUCCUUCCUCGGGCCCCUGCACGGAUCCAGCCAGCCCGCUCGAUCCGGAUAGGACCGAGGUAGCAGCCUCCGUCCUCGAGCGCAAGAGGAGCUCGCCCGAGGCUUCCGUGACCAUGACCUCGACUCCAGGCCGCCCCUCUGCUCCCCGCGCCUCCCCGUCUUCCACCGAGCCGCCCGCCUCCUCUCCAACUCCGGCGCCGGCCUUCGCCGCCGCCCCGUCGCCGGUGCGCCUCGCCACAGCCGCCUUCCUCCGCAGCAACCCAGUGCCGCCGCCCAUGGAGCUCCUGCCUCCGCUGUCGUCCGUCCGCCCGGCCGCCCCACUUCAUCUCCGCCUUGAUCCGAUGCCGCCGGACCCGCUCUUUUCCUGGCCUCCUCGCUGCCGAACCAAGGGAGCACCAGCCGGCGCCACCAUCAUCGGAGAUGGGCUCCCCCCAGACCGGAUCCGACGCCCUGGAGACCCGCGCCCCCGCCGGACCUCCUUCCUCCACGCCAAGUCCGCCCGUCAUCCCCUGUUUCGCCUGGUCCUCGGCCAAGGAGGACGAGCAGCGCUGCUGCCUGCUCGAUCCGCCCGCAUGCGCGCCUCACGCGUUGACCGCUUUCACUCCACGCGCUUGGGCCUCAUCCACAGCGCCAAGGCCCAGCCUCCCCUCGGCCCAUCCGCGCGAACCCAGCUCUGCCAGCCCACUGUGAGCAGCCGCCCUAAUCCCCACUGUGCACUUUUGGGCUAGCCAGUUUCGGCCCGA